AAGUCUUCCACGGGUACACGCGCGGCGUCCAGCCGCCCUCCAGGCACCACAGCCGAACUCCGUCCGGAAAACGUCUGAUUUAGAUUCGACCUUCUCCUGGGAACCGAACUGUUGUUGUUUUUUAAUCUCAACCGAGAGAAUCUGGAUGUUUGUGGACCGGACCGUAGAUCGGCUUCUUUUGAGUCUGGUUAAAUCCAGACCGAAGAUUAUUAUCAGUUUAUUUGCUUUUAAUGAUCUGGAUCCUGGAAAGAACAACUCUGUAGAGACACCGAAGUUAAAGGAGUCCACUACACCAGGACUCACCAGGCCUCACCAGGACCCAGGGUGCGGUUCUUCGGCAUAAAGAUUCCUGUUGCCAUGGCAUCAAAAACCAAGUGGGAAGCGGUCAAGGGUCACAUGAAGGCCGAACCCCUCAGCACUGACCCUGACGCCACGAUGGAGGCCAGUCUGGAGAACGCCGACCCCGAGCUCUGCAUCCGCCUGCUGCAGGUCCCAUCGGUGGUGAACUUUUCGGGGCUGCAGCGGCGUCUGGAGGCCAGCGACUGGCCUUGGAUGAUCCAGUUCCUGGAGCAAGGGGGUCUGGACCUGCUGAUGGAGGCGCUGCAGCGUCUGUCCGGUCACGGCUGCGCUCAUAUCGCUGACGCCCUGCUGCAGAUGACCUGCAUGGCCUGCGUCCGAGCCGUCAUGAACUCAGCAGCCGGGCUGCACUUCAUCCUGGACAACCUGGGAUACAUCAGGACCCUGACCCAAGCUCUGGACACGUCCAACGUGAUGGUGAAGAUGCAGGUGUUUGAGCUGCUGGCGGCGCUGGCUCUGUUUGACCCUCGGGGACGUCAGUUGAUCCUGGACGCUCUGGACACCUACAAGACUCAGAAGAAGCAGCAGCAUCGCUUCAGCGUGAUCAUGAACGAGCUCCGCGGCACCGACAACGUCCCGUACAUGGUGGCGCUGAUGAGCAUGGUCAAUGUCCUCGUCUUGGGACAAGAAGACCUGAGGACGAGGGACCGGCUGAGACAGGAGUUCAUCGGUCUUCAUCUGUUUGACCUGCUGCCCAGACUGAGGGAGAUGGACGACGAGGACCUGGACGUCCAGUGCUACGCCUUCGAAGACUCUCUGACGGAGGACAAGGAGGACAUGGAGAGACUGUAUGGAGGGAUCGACAUGGACGACCACCAUCAGGUCUUUACCUCACUCUUCACCAAGGUGUCCGGGCGCCCGUCCUCUGUCCAGCUGCUGUCCAUCCUCCAGUCCUUGUUAUUGGUGGAUCCUGACAGAGCUGAGGUCUGGCUGGCUCUGGACCUGCUGACUGGAAGGGCUACCCUGCUAGCCCAGGAUGCACUGGUAGAUUCAGCUGAUGGUCUGAUGGAGAGGCUCCUCCCCCAGAAUGUCCUCUCAGCCAAUCACAGGAUCCGUACCAUGGACAGGGCGGUACAGACUCCACGACCAGACACAAGACCUCAUCAAACUCCUCCCCCUCGCUUACGCGGAGAGGGAGCUCCUCCCCCUCCUCCUCCUCCUCCUCCUCCUCCCUUACCUGGAGUGGGAGCUCCUCCCCCUCCUCCUCCUUUACCCGGGGUGGGAGCUCCUCCCCCUCCUCCUCCUCCUCCUCCUCCCCCUCCCUUACCCGGAGUGGGAGCUCCUCCCCCUCCUCCUCCCUUACCCGGGGUGGGAGCUCCUCCCCCUCCUCCUCCUCCCUUACCCGGGGUGGGAUCCCAGGUAGUCCAGGGUUUGGGCGGGGCCUAUUACAGCUCCUACCCUCUAUCAGGCCCCGCCCCCUGUCCCACCGUCAGGAUGAAGAAGCUGAACUGGCAGAAACUCCCGCCCAGACUAGUGACAGCUUGUCCGUCCAUGUGGACCUUGGUGUCCUCGGACUUGGUGGAACCAGAUUACAGCAGCAUCGAGCAGCUCUUCAGUCUUCCUCCCUCUGAGACCAGGACCAGGACCAAGACCAGGACCAGGACUGAGCCCAAAGAGAUGUCCUUCGUCAGUGCCAAGAAGAACCUCAACCUCAACAUCUUCCUCAAACACUUUAAAUGUUCCCAUGAGGACUUUGUGUCUCUCAUUCAAAGAGGAGACAGGUCAAAGUUUGGCGUGGACGUCCUGAAACAGCUGAUCAAACUUCUUCCAGAAAAACACGAGGUAGAGAACCUGAAGUCUCAUCGUGGAGACAGGGACAAGUUGGCGUCAGUGGAUCGGUUUUACCUGCUGCUGCUGGACGUCCCCAGUUACUCUCUGAGGAUCCAGUGCAUGUUGUUGUGUGAGGAAAGCAGCAGUUUGUUGGAAACUCUGAGGCCAAAAGCUGAACUUCUGGAAGGAGCCUGCGACAGUGUGCGGAGGAGCUCUCGACUGUCCAGCUUCUGUAAACUCAUCCUGAGUGUUGGAAACUUCCUCAACUACGGGAGUCCCAGUGGAAACGCUAGAGGCUUUAAGAUCAGUACUUUGCUCAAACUGACAGAGACGAAAUCCAACAACUCCAGAAUCACCCUGCUGCACCACAUCCUAGAGGAUGCUGAGAAGAACCAUCCUGACCUUCUGAAACUUCCUGAUGACCUGGAGGUCUGUGAGAAGGCUGCUGGACUGAGCCUGGAGUCCAUCCAGUCUGAAACCAGUUCUCUGGUCAAACAGUUGAAGAACUGUGAGAGGAUGGUUUCCAGUUCAUCAGAGGACAUGAAGCAGCAGUACCAGUCUGUCCUCCAGGACAACCUGCAGGUCUGCGAGCAGCUACAGCGGCAGUUGUCUUUGUUGGAGGACAAGAGGACGGACCUGUCCAUCUACCUGUGUGAGGAAAUCAGCAGCUUCUCCCUGGAUGAGCUCUUGGUGACCAUCAGGACGUUCAGAGGACUGUUCCUCCGAAUCGUCAAGGAGAAUGAAAGUCGCCAUCAACAGGAGAAGAGGAAGAAGAAACUCAACGGAGACUCCAUCCACAAGAUCAUCAGGACGGACGUGUCCCUCCAGGACGACGGUUGCAUUGUUGACGUCCUGCUGGCUGAGAUUAGGAAAGGCUAUAACCUGAAGAGGACCCAGCCUGGUCGUUCCGGGGUCAGACGGUCUCCAGCCGUUGGCCAGCCCCAUCUCCAGAUCUCCUCCAGAAGCAGACCAGAACCAGGAUUAGAGACCCAGCCAUUGACUGGAACUUCUACUCCCAGACAGGGGGACCACAGCCAGAUCAAAGACCAGGAUCCUGAGGGGGACCAAACCAAAAACCAGGACCCUGAGGGGGCCUCAGAGACUGCUAAGGUGAGUCCAGGUCCAGCAGGAAGCAGAGAUCUAAUGGAGGAGGACUCAGAGUUUGAGGAGAUCACCAUGUCAGGAACCAGAAGCCUCCAACAGGACCAGGAUGGUCCAGGAUCUGGACCAGACCGACCAUCAAAGACCAGUUCAACAGGAGGAGGAGACCCUGUUGGAGUUGUCAGACCCUCCAAGACCAAGAAAAGUUGUGUCUCCCACUGAGGUGACAGGACCCCUGGAAACCUGGACCGGUCUGGACCGGUCUGGACCGGUCUGAUGUUUCUACUUCUGUGGUUCCCGGUGAGGGUGGGAGGACCUGUCACCAUGGCAACAGGUCACACUGAAGCACUGUGGGUGGAGCUUAUUUGGGCUGGUCAACUUCCUGGUGUGGUGAUGCUUAGUUUGUGGUUCACAGCCUUUCACAAUAAAAGCCUCCAUCAGCUCUCCUCUGAUUUAAUUGUCAAAAUAAAAGUUUGUUGAUCAGCUGUUCCAAACCUGGUUGAAUGUGGAUCAAUGACGUCACUGUGUGAACACCGGGAUGACUUCAUGCUGAGCCUCGGGUUAUGUGAUUGGAGCACAGCUGUUAUUUAUCACUGAUUCUUCACAACACUAAGUCGUAAUUUAUUAUUAUGCAUGAACAGAAUGUGCCUGUGGAGGGAGAGAGUCCAUGUUUCCGUUUUCUGUCCAGUUGUGUUCCUGUAGCCUCAGUAUGUGGGUGUGUGUCUCCAUUAAAAAGAGUUCUUCCAUAAUAGUUCUCCAUUGUUCUUUGGUUGGUGGUGUUUCCUUUCCCCAGUUCCUCUUGAUGUUUUCUUUCCUCUAUUUAGAUCAAGUAACCAUCACGAGUAAUAAGAGUUUCUUCUGAAAAAGUAAAGC